AUGCGCCCCUGUACCGCCUCCUCAUGCUGCUGCCAGGCCCGUAAUCUGCCAUGGGCCCCUGUACCGACUCCUCAUGCUGCUGCCAGGCCCGUAAUCUGUCAUGGGCCCCUGUACCGCCUCCUCAUGCUGCUGCCAGGUCCAGAGUGUGUCAUGGGUCCCUGUACGGCCUCCCAUUGCUGCUGUCUCUAUCGCCACACUCUGCCAUGUGCCACUUUCAGGUCUCCUCACACUGCUGGUGGUUUCCAUUUUGUCAUAGGGUGCUGUAUGGCCUCCCCAUUGCUGCUGCCCUCCACCAGCCACACUGUGGCUCCACACUCUGGUUUUGGCCCCGUGACUGCCCCAAAUGAGUGAAGUGUGCGGUGAUUCUAAGAUCGACGGCACUCAGUCUGCAUGUCCAAUUUCUUAAACCUCCUCUUUAUCAAGCGAUUCCGUCGCAGGGAGGAAAUCAGGCGAUAUGAAAAAGAGGAAAGCAGGAACUGGUCCAUUAUA